GGUCCGGCGCCCGCCGUAUACGGCCGCCCUAGUAGGGGGCCAGGUGCCUGCCACCCCGCCCGGGGGCCCGGUGCCUGCCGCUCCCCUGGUAGCCCGAUGUGCCUCUGCAGACCGGAGUCCUGCCCGAUGUGCCUCUGCCCGGAGUCCUGCCCGAUGUGCCUCUGCCCGGAGUCCUGCCCGCCGGCCUGGUGGUACGAGGCGCUCCAUCUGGGGGUCCGGCGCCCGCCGCUCCGCCUGAGGGCCCGAGACCUGUCGCUCCAUCUGGGGGUCCGGCGCCCGCCUCUCCGCCUGAGGGCCCGAGACCUGUCGCUCCAUCUGGGGGUCCGGCGCCCGCCGCCCCGCCCGGGGGCCCGGUGCCUGCCGCCCCGCCCUGGGGCCCGGUGCCCUGCCGCUCCUCCUGGUAGCCCGAUGUGCCUCUGCCUGGAGUCCUGCCCGAUGGGGCCCCGGUGCCCUGCCGCUCCUCCUGCCCGAUGUGCCUCUGCCCGGAGUCCUGCCCGA